AAUUUCUGGAGCUGUCAUUCAAUCAAGGAGAGGCAGAGAGAGUCUCUGUGCUCUAUUUCACGAUCACAUCGCUUUCCUUCACAGUUACCGUUCUCCUUCGAGUAUAGCCGUCGCCACUCCAACGCCAUUGCCACCGUGGCUGUUGUAAAUUGAACUGAAGGAGGCAAGGAGCUCUAAGUAGCCUAACUACCCUGUCCACAUCUGUAGCAGAUUGUGAUUACAUAUCUGUAGCAGAUUGUGAUUACAUAUCUGUAGCAGAUUUUGCAUACAAUAACUUAAUGACAAUUACUAGUGUGUGCCAAAGCUUCUUUAAUGGAGCGCUUGAUCGAUGUUACCGUCUUUCCCCUUGUUUGGCCGACCCUGCAACGAGAUCUUCGUUGGGAUUGAAGGUGGCAUUGGUGAUGCUGCAUCUGAUAUAUGUUGGAAUUCUCUUUCUUUUCGAUAAUCAUUUGAUAGAUAAAACAAAACAAGACCCUUGGUACAUUGCUUUAUAUUUGUUGUUGUUUAUUGCAACGUUGGUUCAAUACUUUGUCACAUCGGGUUCUUCUCCUGGCUAUGUCCUGGAUGCAAUGAGGGCUCUCAAUGAGAAAAAUGCAGUAUUUGCAAAAGCAUCAAUGACUGCAAAACAGUCUGUUUCAAGUAAAGAUGGAAGCUUGAUUGUCACCAUGGAUGAGAGCCAAUUAGGAAGAAAUCCCCUAGGAAGUAAUGUAACAUCUUGGGUGAAGCUUGUUUUGGGCAUGUAUCCUCCUGGAACAUCUGUUAGAACUUUGACAUGUUCCUAUUGCAAUGUUGAACAGCCUCCACGAGCAAAGCAUUGCCAUGAUUGUGACAAAUGUGUUCUUCAAUUUGAUCAUCAUUGUGUUUGGCUUGGAACAUGCAUUGGCUGGGGAAAUCAUUGUCGAUUUUGGUGGUAUAUUUGCGAAGAAACGGCAUUAUGCCUAUGGACUGACAUAUUGUGUAUUGCAUACUUGAAGGCUAACAUCAUAAGGGCUUGGUGGAAGGAUGCAAUCAUGAUACUGUUAUUGGUUAUUUUAUCAAUUUCGUUGAUCUUUCUUCUCCUCUUCUUGCUUUUCCACAGCUACCUUAUUUUGACAAAUCAGACUACCUAUGAACUUGUAAGACGGAGACGCAUUCCAUAUUUAAGGGGAAUUCCUGAGCGGGUGUAUCCAUUCAGUAAAGGAGUUUGCAGAAAUCUAUAUGAGUUCUGCUGUGCUCGAAGCAACAUAUACAAACUGGAAAGAUUACCGACAGCCAUAGAAAUUGAAGAAAAGUCAAGACCACACACAUGCUUAGAUUUUUUAACAUGCCGUUGCUGCUGAAAUUGUGCUAAAACGUUUUUCCAUUCUAAAAGUUACUGUCAUGCACACGUUGCUAACUUGCUAUACAUCCAUUUGUUUAGAGAACAUAGGAUUGCAGAAGAUUAAGUCGGAGCUGUGGGUGGGUUUUGAGUUAUUUUUUUUUAUUUAAUGGUGAUUCUAUUCCUUUGUUGGAUACAUCUAAGGAUUGUUUGUGUAAUGGCUUUUCAUUUCUGCGUGAAUUAUAUCACAUUUGAGAAUUCAUGUUGAUUUUUCAUGAUUUCAAGUUCAAUUGAGUUUAAUCAAAA